GUGAGUAUUAUGGUCUGUCGUGCGCUGGCUGCUGCUUUUCUGCUCCUGGUAGCAGCCAAGGGGGGAAGCGGCGAGUCAACAUGGAGCUUUCAGCGGUUGGGGAGCGGGUGUUCGCGGCCGAAGCCCUACUGAAACGGCGCAUACGGAAAGGACGCAUGGAAUACCUCGUGAAAUGGAAGGGCUGGUCGCAGAAGUACAGCACAUGGGAGCCCGAGGAAAACAUCCUGGAUGCUCGCCUGCUCGCAGCCUUUGAGGAAAGGGAACGUGAGAUGGAGCUCUAUGGCCCCAAAAAGCGAGGGCCCAAACCCAAAACCUUCCUCCUCAAGGAGGGAGUCCCCAGACAGGCUGUGGACCAGGCCCAGGCCAAGGCAAAGGCCAAAACUUACGAGUUCCGAAGUGACUCUGCCCGGGGCAUCCGGAUCCCCUACCCUGGCCGCUCGCCCCAGGAACUGGCUUCCACUUCCCGGGCCCGCGAGGGCCUUCGGAACAUGGGUUUGUCCCCACCAGGGAGCAGCAGCAGCACCAGCAGCACCUGCCGAGUGGAGCCCCCUCGGGACCGUGACAGGGACCGGGAUCGUGAGAGGGAGAGGGACCGUGAAAGGGAGCGGGAACGUGAACGGGGUGCCAGCCGUGUGGAUGACAAACCCAGCUCGCCUGGGGACAGCUCUAAGAAGAGAGGCCCCAAGCCCCGGAAGGAGCUCUUGGACCCUUCGCAGAGGCCGUUAGGAGAACCCAGUGAUGGCCUGGGAGAUUACCUCAAGAACAGGAAGCUGGAGGAUGCCUCUUCGGGGGCAGGGAAGUUCCCGGCUGGCCACAGCGUGAUCCAGCUGGCCCGAAGGCAGGACUCUGACCUGGCUCAGUGUGGCGUGGCCAGCCCCAGCCUGGCCGAGGCCACAGGCAAGCUGGCUGUGGACACCUUUCCCGCCAGGGUCAUAAAGCACAGAGCCGCUUUCCUGGAGGCCAAAGGCCAGGGUGCCCUGGACCCUGGUGGGCCCCGAGUCCGACAUGGCUCAAGCACCCCCAGCUCUGUGGGAGGCUUGUAUCGGGACAUGGGAGCUCAGGGGGGAAGACCCUCCCUCAUCGCCAGGAUCCCAGUGGCCAGAAUACUGGGGGACCCAGAGGAAGAGUCCUGGAGUCCUUCUCUGACCAACCUGGAGAAGGUGGUGGUCACCGACGUGACCUCAAACUUUCUGACCGUCACCAUUAAGGAAAGUAACACGGACCAAGGCUUUUUUAAAGAGAAGAGAUGAAUUGCUGGGGGGGUGACUCCAGGACAAGAGAGCAGGAAAGAGAGUGAGAGCUCAAACUCCGCAUAAAUGAUGCUUUUUAUUUCCGGGCGGGAGGCGGCCUUCUGGUGGUCCCCUCCCUACCUCCACAUAGCCCGCCCCUUCCUCCCUCCUGCCUCCCUCUCAGUUUUGGUUGGAAGAGUAUCUCUAGAGUUAUAUUUUCUAUUAGAUGUAAAUAUGUUAUUUAAGAAAAAAUAUCUAAAUAUAUAUAUUUCAACUCUUGAAGUUGUUUUAUUUAACAAGGAGAGAGAAAGAGACUCAGUGUGGUGUAGUUGGGGCAGACAGGCUGACUUGGGGCAGGAGGGGCCCCUCAGCUACCCAGGGCACUAGAGAGGUUGGGGAUGUGGGUAGUGGGCCUCUGGUGGCGUCUGGAGGGACUUAGCCGGCCCACCUCACCCCUCCUCCCUUUUCCCACAGCCCCGAGGCAGACCCCUGGAAACCAAGGCAGGACCCGGAUUUUUUCUCUCUUCCCAUUGGCCGGCCAGGCCAGCAAAAGGUUGGCUCCCCAAUCAGAAAAAAGGAGGGUGGGGUCAGUCUGUUCCCCCCACCUUUUUUUUUUUUAAGACGAAGAAGUCUGUUCAGGGGGAAAAAAAGUAUUAACUUGAAUCAUUUUUGCGUGUGAUUUUGAAGGUGAAAAGUCGCGGGUGGGUGGGGAGCAGCGGACUUCCCCCAGGACCACACCAGGAAAUGCACUUUACGGGAGAUGUGUGUUCCACACGCAGAUCAGACCGUGUGCGUGUCAGUCAUGUGGAUACAACCUCCCAGUUCCCUCCAUUCCUUUCUUUACUCCACAGAAAGAAAAGAAACCCAGCGAAUCUGUUUACAUUCCCGAAAUGCCAGGAUAAAUUGGGAGGAUUGCGUGUCCGUGGCCAGAGCUGGAGACAGUUGUUCAGAGAAAAGUGUCUGGGGGUGGACCUUCCCUCUCGCGUCCGCUAGCUGCGCCAGGAGCGGAGGAGACACUGGCCCCCAACUCCCAGGAAGCGUUGGACUCGCCGCCCUCCCUCGCGGAGGGCGGGCCUCCAGCCCCGGACCGACACACGGCCAGACAGGCCCACCCUGCGGACCCACGGAGGGAGGCGCGGCGGCGGGCGCGGCGGCAGCAGCGGGGCUCUGGCUCUGGAUGCGGCCUGGCCUGGCUGCUAGCGGCGGAGGGUCCGGGCCUGGGGCCGGGCUCCAGGCAGGACUCGCGUGGUCCCGGCGGCUCCGCGGGGCGAGGGGCGGGAGGAGCGGGGCGAGGUUUUCCUCCAGGAAUGCGCAUCAGAACUUUUGCUUUUACCUCACUCCCCCUCCUUCUUAAAAGCAAAAGCUAUAAUUUAUAGGCCUUUUCGAUUCGCGGAGUGUUCUCUAUUUGAACUCGACUCCAAACUCCGCCAAAGGGGGAGGAGCGGGGGCUGCAGAAGGGACGCCCGCGGCGGGGGAGGCCCUGCGCGGCGGCGGGCGGUCCCCGGCGCCCCCGCCCGGGCCAGCUCGCGACCACGCCGCGCUCCAGGGACGCAGGACGUGCGCCCCGCUCGACUCAAAAAGCACAAAUCUGUUUCCUCCCUCCCUUUGAGGACUGAUCUGCGGCCUCCCCGCCCUUAAAGGGCCAGAGGAGAUGCAACUGCCCAGUGCUCGUCGAGGGAGGGGCGUGGGGCCUCCAAGCGCUGGAGGAAGCACAGACUCGGGGCGAGCGAGCCGGGGAUCCGGGACCGAGGGGGCGUUCGCGGCUCGUUGCAGGGUCAGGGCGGGAAACCCAGCCUCGUCGUCGUCAUUCUCACUUCUGUAUCCCCUCCUCCGGCCUCCCCGCCAGACUUUCUUGCCUUUACAGAGAGGGGGUGCAAAGGAGUGGACCGGUGUGCUCCACAGUCUUGUUUGGUUUUGAAUAUUAAACUGCGCCUAUAAAGAGAAGCCCCCGGAAUGGGGAUUUUUAUCUGCUCACAUUUGUAAAACUGGUAUUUUAGCCUUUGUAUAAAGAAGCGCCGUUGACUGAGUGUAUCUAUUUAAAUGUCGACGCUAUUUUCAGAGGAAAACUUCGUGGAAGGGACCUGUCUGUUGUCGAGUGGAGGGCGACUCGGGGACACGUGUCUUGACCUGGCGGCCGCCGGCCCUCCCUCCUUCCCUCCCUUUCAGCUGACUUCGCCCUUCCCUUCCCUCCCACCUUCCUCCGGCCAGCCUGGUUCUUCCCCCACCGCCCCUCUGUCCUGCCGUCUGUCCGUGGCGUGUAUGUCUCCUACGCUCGCUCUUGCGACGCUGACCUGGGGGUGGGGGGUGGGCGGGGGCCCGGGGCACGUGGCUGGAAGUCUGCAACCGCGCCCGACGCGUUGGGUGUAUUUAGGUCAAGGAUUUUUACAAAUAUUGAAUCGACCUCCGCCUCAGCUCAAGAGUGAAGCCUCGGUCCCGAUCUUCUGCGGUUGUGAAUGUCUGUACCCAAUAUC